AUGGACUUCACUUCGCUCCAAGCCUCCUGUAUCUUUGUAUAACAUAGGCCAAUUCAGGGAGAUCCUGUCCAUCAAUUAUAAGUAGACAGUAGACUCCCAGACUCCCCGUGGCUCAUGGACAACCUCUGUUAACCGAAACCACACAGCAAAGUCCGUGGAGGAGACUUAUCUGUAAUUGUCCCAACUACGCUCCUGUUCAAGGCAUGUGACGGUAAAACCGCCACAUUGUCUGACUUGAUUUCAAGGCCAUGGAUUCAACCGGGCAGAAACAGGAGACAGGAUCCGACUUUGUCUUUCCCAAAAGUUACAAUUUCCCACCAUUCUUCAGUCCCCAACCAACGGCAUUGACAAGGGAGGCACAGUUGAAGAAAUGGUCUAUCUUGGUUCAAAGAUAUUGCAGACACCACCGCAUCUUCCAGCUCACCAUUAUUGAUGCGCUGGACACACCGCUCUUCAACAAUACCACAUUAAAGAAGCGGCUGAGUCUAAAAGAUGCCAAGGCGGUCAUCGAUUAUAUGGCAAGCAAGGAGGGCGAAGAACGCGCCGAAUGGUUAAGUCCGGAAAAGGCCUCAGCCUGGAUAUGGUGGCGCAAACCCGAGGAAUGGGCGACGCUGAUCGCAGGCUGGGUGGACGAGACAGGUCAAAAGGGGACUGUGCUGACACUCUACGAACUGGUCCAAGGAGAAACCACAGAAAAGCAGGAAUUUUAUGGAAUGGACAUGCAAGUGCUCCGGAAGAGCUUGCAGACUUUGGUGAAGAAAGGCAAGGCUCAAGUAUUUGGUGCGGAAGACCAACAGGGAGUCAAGUUCUUUUGAUUGUACUCCUGAAAACAACCCAACGGGCUUCAUAUCAGUUUGGCAGUCGGUGGAGUACUCAAACAACAGAAUUUCAUCAUCGACAUCACAGCCAGGACACCAGCUAUACCUCGUACCGGUCGGUAGGCAGAAUCUGCUGAGACAUUGCACUCUCCAGGAGCCAGUCCGUAAGAACGAUUCGUGGCACCUUUCGACUUCCUUCAGCCAUCUCUCGAAACCGAUUCCACAUGGGCUUGUUCUCUUUCUUCUCAUCGGUCAGCAGAUACACCUCAUGGUUCACAUCGCUGUCUGUGCUGGCAUCACUGUCUGCCCGCCCUGAGGGCACUGUUUGACCUUUGCGGUUUCUCCACAACAAACAACGCCCGCCGUUGGCUUCGACAAUGGUUUUGAAGGUCUCAAAUCCUCCGCCUAUGUUUUCCAUGCAAUAGAUAAUCCGACCAUGAAGAAGUCGGUUCUGGUUUUGUCGAGCCCUCUCCCGAAUGGACUUGAGGGAUAUUCCGAGGCGCUUCUCGGUAUCUUUAUCCUGCAAUAAAAAGUCCUCGGGGUUCAGCAACUUGUUCUCCUUUAGACAUGCCUCGAUGAAGUCGGUCGUAAUGACCAUGGGCGCAUAUGCUAGGGCCGUCACGAACUUCUGUGUGCGAACUAUGCGCGGGGCGGCGAGAUGCGUGGCUCUUGCUGGUUCCAGCGUGCAUAUGAUCCCUAACCCGCGAAGUUGUUUCUGGAAGAGUCAGAACAUCGAGAAAUAGCAUUUGGAGGCUCAAGAGACUCACCUUGUCGUUAUCUUCGAUUCUAGGAUGGCCAACCCAUUUUGUGUAACCUGAUAUGACCAGGUGCAUGAGUGGCGUAGGAGUGCCUCGCUUGACCUUUUUCGAUUCAGGCUCGCUGUCCAUAUCCUUGUCUUGCACCUGCUCUACAGACCGCUUCCGGGCAACAACAAGAACUCGCUCAUCGUCCGCCUUUCGUCGGCCACCAUACACGACGCCUCCCACCCGUUUCUUUUCUUUCUCGUACAACAGUAUGUCGGGUGUCAGCUCAUGUAAACGUGCAGAUGCAACCUCUUUGGAUUUUCUGCUCUUGGUUGUUGAAGGCGUCAGGUUCUCCUUGCCUGUGGGUACGAAUCUGCUGGGGGCGGGAGUCUGCAAUUGUGCCGCCGAAGCAUCUUUAGACGCUUGCUUGCGACUCGAUUUCUUGGCCGGCUUGUCUUCUGCUGCAGGUACGGUGUUUUGGUGCACCUGACGCAUUGGCGCUGUCUUCUGUGCAUCUUUUGUAUCUGUUUCAUCAUCGGAAAGGAAAAACUGCUCAAGCACCCUUCGAUCCAAUUGAGUGUGGCCCACAACAUCACCCAAAUUUGUCCGAUGCGGGAAAUGCGUGUACCUUCCGUCAGUGAUACUCUGCAUCUUCCAACGCGCAUAGCUCUCUUCUAACCACAAAUGAUUGACAAUAUGGAUUCCCCACUCUUUUGCAGCCGCA